UGGUCAUCAGGAUCUGACAGUGGACACAUAGGGACUGUAAUAGUUGGCUCGUGCAUGUUGUAGGUUUAAUUUUAUGCAUAUAUAUUUGCCUACUAGGGACUGCUUUUGGUUCACAGUAAGAGUUUGUAAUAUUAUUGUAUUGUAGUAGUAGCCAUGGGGACUUUCAAUCACUAUGUGAUUGUUAAGUUCAAGGAUGGUGCGGUUGUUGAUGAACUCAUUCAAGGGUUGGAGAAGAUGGUCUCUAGGAUUGACCAUGUCAAGUCCUUUGAAUGGGGAAAAGACAUUGAAAGUCAUGAUAUGCUAAGACAAGGUUUCAUUCAUGUUUUCUUGAUGGCAUUCAAUGGGAAGGAGGAGUUCAAUGCAUUUCAGACUCACCCGAAUCACCUUGAGUUUACCGAAGUAUUUUCACCUGCUAUUGAGAAGAUUGUGGUGUUGGAUUUCCCAUCUAACCUUGUCAAAGCACCAGCAUGAUCCUCAACUUAUUCAAGCAAAUAAAAUUUUCCAUCUUUAAAGUGCAUGCAUGUGUGUGCAUCUGCUAUUUGCAGUCUGUUAUGGUUGU